GCUAAUACACAAGGGAAAUAAUAUGUUACCACUACUUCUGAUAUGGACAAUGCACAUGAAUAUUAAAGAAGGGAUUGCAUUUAAUCACAGCAACAUGUCUGUUGUUGAUGCUCCUAUGGAGGUUACCCUCUUCAAUGGAACUCUGUUUGCCACCUGUGAACUUGUACCUGAUCGUAAACUUCCUACUGGCCAACCUGAAAUCUAUGGACAAGUUCUCUUCAAACAAACCUUUCCAGCAGGAAUACUGCAAGUCCUGAUCAAUGUACAUGGUCUACCGACUGAUGACCAACAAAAAUGAGCUAUUCACGUGCAUCAGUAUGGAGACCUGAGCCAAGGAUGCAUUACUUCUGGUCCACACUACAAUCCCUUGAGGGUGGACCAUCCUGCACACCCUGGUGAUUAUGUGGCCAUCAAUGGAACUAUAAGACAACAACUUAAAAAAACGCUUUUUGGAGGUCGUUCUAUUUUAGGACGUGCCGUUGUGAUCCAUGAGAAGGAGGAUGAUUUAGGCUUAGGUCCGAAUGAAGAGAGCAGACGAAGCGGGAAUGCAGGAAAAAGGAUUGCUGGAUGUGUCAUUGGAAUCUCAUCUUCUAGUCUGUGGGAGAAACUCAUCAUAGAGAUGGAAGGAGGGAAGAGGAAUGAGAGCAAGGCAGAACAUGAAACAUAGGAGAUGAAAACUGACAGAUGGACAAAAGAAGUCAUAUUAAGAGAAGACAUAUUACAUACUUAUUUGUUUUGAAUGCAGUUAAUUUUGAUGUUAUUUAUACAUAAAGAAAUAGAAUAAAAGUUUAAAGUGAGAUAAUGCCAGAGUACUGUAUUUCUCCAAAAGCACUGUGGACUGUUUACGCUCAUUUGUGACUUUGUAAACUCAAGGAGUUUAACAGGAGCAUGUAGGAAAAUAUUAGGUGAAGAUGUGAGCCUGUAGGAGCCUAGAAGAUUUAUGAGAUAUCUAUCAACCAUGAAGUCAUAUCCCAUCUCAGUUCCCAGUUUAGAAAC